CAUGGGCAACGCGGCCGGCAGCGCCGAGCAGCCCGCGGGCCCCGCCGCGCCGCCCCCCAAGCAGCCCGCGCCUCCCAAGCAGCCGAUGCCCGCGGCCGGAGAGCUGGAGGAGAGGUUCAACCGCGCCCUGAACUGCAUGAACUUGCCCCCGGACAAGGUCCAGCUGCUGAGCCAGUAUGACAAUGAGAAGAAGUGGGAGCUCAUCUGUGAUCAGGAGCGGUUUCAAGUCAAGAAUCCCCCCGCAGCCUACAUCCAGAAGCUGAAGAGCUAUGUGGAUACUGGUGGGGUCAGCCGAAAGGUAGCAGCUGAUUGGAUGUCCAACCUGGGGUUUAAGAGGCGAGUUCAGGAGUCCACGCAGGUGCUACGGGAGCUGGAGACCUCCCUGAGGACCAACCACAUUGGGUGGGUGCAGGAGUUCCUCAAUGAAGAGAACCGUGGCCUGGAUGUGCUGCUCGAGUACCUGGCCUUUGCCCAGUGCUCUGUCACGUAUGACAUGGAGAGCACAGACAACGGGGCUUCCAACUCAGAGAAAAACAAGCCCCUGGAGCAGUCUGUGGAAGACCUCAGCAAGGGUCCACCCUCCUCCGUGCCCAAAAGCCGCCACCUGACCAUCAAGUGUCCCCCUUCUCCCCGGCUGACCCCAGCCCACAGCAGGAAGGCCCUGCGGAAUUCCCGCAUCGUCAGCCAGAAGGACGAUGUCCACGUCUGUAUUAUGUGCCUACGCGCCAUCAUGAACUACCAGUCUGGCUUCAGCCUUGUCAUGAACCACCCAGCCUGUGUCAAUGAGAUUGCUCUGAGCCUCAACAACAAGAACCCCAGAACCAAGGCUCUGGUGCUGGAGCUGCUGGCGGCCGUGUGCUUGGUGCGGGGAGGACAUGACAUCAUCCUUGCAGCCUUUGACAACUUCAAGGAGGUGUGUGGGGAGCAGCACCGCUUUGAAAAGCUGAUGGAAUAUUUCCGGAAUGAGGACAGCAACAUUGACUUCAUGGUGGCCUGCAUGCAGUUCAUCAACAUUGUGGUACAUUCGGUGGAGAACAUGAACUUCCGUGUCUUCCUGCAAUAUGAGUUCACCCACUUGGGCCUGGACCUGUACUUGGAGAGGCUUCGGCUCACCGAGAGUGACAAGCUGCAGGUGCAGAUCCAGGCAUACCUGGACAAUAUUUUUGAUGUGGGGGCGCUGCUGGAGGACACAGAGACCAAGAACGCUGUGCUGGAGCACAUGGAGGAACUGCAGGAGCAAGUGGCGCUGCUGACAGAGCGGCUUCGAGACGCGGAGAACGAAUCCAUGGCCAAGAUUGCAGAACUGGAAAAACAGCUAAGCCAGGCGCGCAAGGAGUUGGAGACCCUGCGGGAGCGCUUCAGCGAAUCGACCGCCAUGGGCACCUCCAGGCGUCCCCCAGAGCCUGAGAAAGCGCCUCCCGCUGCCCCGACGCGGCCCUCGGCCCUGGAGCUGAAGGUGGAGGAGCUGGAGGAGAAGGGUUUAAUCCGUAUCCUGCGGGGGCCGGGGGAUGCUGUCUCCAUCGAGAUCCUCCCCGUCGCUGUGGCAACUCCGAGCGGCGGUGAUGCUCCGACUCCGGGGGUGCCAACCGGCUCCCCCAGCCCAGAUCUCGCACCUGCAGCAGAGCCGGCUCCCGGAGCAGCGCCGCCGCCGCCGCCCCCACUGCCCGGCCUCCCCUUCCCGCAGGAAGCCCCGCCCUCUGCGCCCCCACAGGCCCCGCCUCUCCCUGGCAGCCCGGAGCCCCCGCCUGCGCCGCCGCUGCCCGGAGACCUGCCGCCCCCACCCCCGCCACCGCCACCACCUCCGGGCACUGACGGGCCGGUGCCUCCUCCGCCGCCGCCGCCGCCUCCCGGAGGUCCUCCUGAUGCCCUAGGAAGACGCGACCCAGAAUUGGGCCCAGGAGUGAAGGCCAAGAAGCCCAUCCAGACUAAGUUCCGAAUGCCACUCUUGAACUGGGUGGCACUGAAACCCAGCCAGAUCACCGGCACUGUCUUCACAGAGCUCAAUGAUGAGAAGGUGCUGCAGGAGCUAGACAUGAGUGAUUUUGAGGAACAGUUCAAGACCAAGUCCCAAGGCCCCAGCCUGGACCUCAGCGCUCUCAAGAGUAAGGCAGCCCAGAAGGCCCCCAGCAAGGCGACACUCAUUGAGGCCAACCGGGCCAAGAACUUGGCCAUCACCCUGAGGAAGGGCAACCUGGGGGCCGAGCGCAUCUGCCAAGCCAUUGAGGCCUACGACCUGCAGGCUCUGGGCCUGGACUUCCUGGAGCUGCUGAUGCGCUUCCUGCCCACAGAGUAUGAGCGCAGCCUCAUCACCCGCUUUGAGCGGGAGCAGCGGCCAAUGGAGGAGCUGUCAGAGGAGGACCGCUUCAUGCUAUGCUUCAGCCGCAUCCCGCGCCUGCCGGAGCGCAUGACCACACUCACCUUCCUGGGCAACUUCCCGGACACAGCCCAGCUGCUCAUGCCGCAACUGAAUGCCAUCAUUGCAGCCUCAAUGUCCAUCAAGUCCUCUGACAAACUCCGCCAGAUCCUGGAGAUUGUCCUGGCCUUUGGCAACUACAUGAACAGUAGCAAGCGUGGGGCAGCCUAUGGCUUCCGGCUCCAGAGCCUGGAUGCGCUGUUGGAGAUGAAGUCGACUGAUCGCAAGCAGACGCUGCUGCACUACCUGGUGAAGGUCAUUGCUGAGAAGUACCCGCAACUCACAGGCUUCCACAGCGACCUGCACUUCCUGGACAAGGCGGGCUCAGUGUCCCUGGACAGUGUCCUGGCGGACGUGCGCUCCCUGCAGCGAGGCCUAGAGUUGACACAGAGAGAGUUUGUGCGGCAGGAUGACUGCAUGGUGCUCAAGGAGUUCCUGAGGGCCAACUCGCCCACCAUGGACAAGCUGCUGGCAGACAGCAAGACGGCUCAGGAGGCCUUUGAGUCUGUGGUGGAGUACUUCGGAGAGAACCCCAAGACCACAUCCCCAGGCCUGUUCUUCUCCCUCUUUAGCCGCUUCAUUAAGGCCUACAAGAAAGCUGAGCAGGAGGUGGAACAGUGGAAAAAAGAAGCCGCUGCCCAGGAGGCAGGCGCUGAUACCCCGGGCAAAGGGGAGCCCCCAGCACCCAAGUCACCGCCAAAGGCCCGGCGGCCACAGAUGGACCUCAUCUCUGAGCUGAAACGGAGGCAGCAGAAGGAGCCACUCAUUUAUGAGAGCGACCGUGACGGGGCCAUUGAAGACAUCAUCACAGAUCUGCGGAACCAGCCCUACAUCCGCGCAGACACAGGCCGCCGCAGUGCCCGUCGGCGUCCCCCGGGCCCCCCACUGCAGGUCACCUCCGACCUCUCGCUGUAGCCGCUAUUUCUGCAGGUGGAUUCUGCAGGGGUGUGGGGCCGUGGACAGGCUGAGGCUCAAGGAAGGUGGUCCUCAGCUCGGCUGGCCGGGCAGCCCCUCCUCCGCUGUGGCCCGCCUCAAACGGGCUGGUGCAUCCUCCUCUUGGCCACAGAGGGCAGCAUCGCCCGCCCCUUCCCCCAAAUGCUGCUUGCAGCACCCACCCUAAAGCCCCGUCCAAAUAGCCAUACUUAGCCUCAGCAGGAGCCUGGCCUGUAACUUAUAAAGUGCACCUCGCCCCCGCAAGCCCCAGCCCCGAGGACCGUCCAUGGACCUUAUUUUUAUACGAGAUUAAUAAAGAUGUUUGCAAAA